CACUGCUGGGCACAGGUAGGUGGCACUUCUGGGCACAGGUGUGUGACACUGCAGAGUGGCACAGGUGGGUGCACUGCUGGGCACAGGUGGGCGGAGCUAGUGGGCGCACUGCUGGGCACAGGUGGGCGGAACUUGUGGGUGGCACUGCUGGGCACCGAUCAUCAGGACACUGAUCAUCAGUGGCCCUGAUGGCUGUCAAAUCGUGAGGAAAGUACUGCCGAGAACCGGCAGUUGUUAGAGGACGGAUCGGCACCGAUCAUCAGGGCACUGAUGAUCAGUGCCCAGCAGUGCCACACACAAGUUCCGCCCACCUGUGCCCAGCAGUGCGCCCACUAGCUCCGCCCACCUGUGCCCAGCAGUGCACCC